UUAUCAGCAUCCAGUUUGCCUCAUUUUCUUAAUUAUUUUUCAAACAUGAAGCGUUUGUCGUGUUUUUCGUUCGUUGUAAUAAAUUUGCUUGGGUCCCACGCUUUCUCAGUUCUAACAGACGACAAUAUAAGGAACUCAACAGACUUAGACUUCGGUUCACUUGAUACUAAACACGUAGACGUAUUUCGACAGCUACUAAAUCAAGAGACCCUGAUCCGAAUGACAUUGGUGAAAAAUGUCCAUGGACUGAUGAAAGACAUGGUGUCCCUUCAACAAAGUCUUGCGUCUUCAGAAAGUGAGAUUUCUUCGCUUAAAGACACAACCACCAGAGAAAUCGCCGAGUUGAAGAAAGAGGUGCGAUCACUUAAGCUAGAAAACAAUCGAUUAAGCAACAAAGUGACCAGGUGUAAUGAGAAUAUUGAGUCUUUAAAAGAAAAUUUAACAGUGGUUGACGCCAGUCGCCGAGUGUUCGAAACACAGCUGCUGCAGGAAAAACAGAUGUUUGAACAGAACACGUCCGGUAUCUUAGCCGACAUUAAAACUGAAGUUCGGUAUUUAUCCAUUACGCUUCUGGACCUCCAUAAACACAGUCUGGAAAUCGACAAGAAUAUUCCGGAACUCAUUGACAACAGAUACGACUUGAUAUCAGGGAGACUUAAUGAUUCUCUGGAGGCUUAUAACACAGAACUGAGAUCAGCUAACGAUAAACUGAGUUUGGCUCUAACUGACCUACAGAAAAGUCAACAGACCAUAACAGAUUCCUUAUCUGAUCAUAUGAACAACACAAUGGAAGACCUACAAUCGGAACUCAAACAGACUCAGUUUGAACAAUUAAAACUCUCGUCUUCUGUGUCAUCUUUAGAGGUGUUCCGAUUGAAUUUUACCAACAGGCAGUGUGGUGCGUCUACAAAAGUAGCCUUCACCGCGGGAAUAACGUCCUCCGACUCUUCAUGGAGCGGGAGUACACUGGUUUUCCCCAAGAUAAUAUUUAAUACAGGCGGAGGUUACAACCCCACUACAGGGAUGUUCACGGCCCCUGUGGAAGGGCACUACGUCUUCUUCGUCAGUGUACAGAGUCAUGACACAAAGGAAAUUCGGGUGGACAUUGUAUUGAAUGGAGAAUCUCAGGUCAGGACAUUAGCAUACGACUAUGCUGAUAAGGAUUAUUAUGAGACAGGAGUUAACCUGGUUGUGUUAAUGCUUAAUCAAGGAGACAAAGUGUGGGUCAAACGUAGUCAAGGCACUGGAUACUACUCCAGUUCUGUACCUGUUACAACCUUCUCUGGAUUCCUUUUGUAAAAAAGUAAUAAUAAUAGUAAGAAAAGGAUGAGGAAAAAUUACCUAAUGGUAUUUUGAUAUAUUCCUUUUUAAAAUAACUUUUUUCUACGUAAUGGAAUUCUACAAAAAAUAUUACGUUACAUACGGUUGGUUUCAGACGAGUUUUAUAAUAUGCAUGUUUUUGAUAGAAGUUCCAAAGAAAUUAAACUGUUUAAUACUGUUUCCUUAAA